AUGUGCCAUCUGCCCGUGGAAGUGGAACACAAGGCAUAUUGGGCCAUAAAGGAGAUGAAUAUGAAGGUGCUGGCCUGUGAAGAAGAAAGGAAGCUGCAACUACAAGAGCUGGAGGAACUAAGGCUGGAAGCAUUUGAUUCAACAAUUUGGUACAAGGAGAAAACAAAGCUUUGGCAUGACAGGAACCUACGGGUCAAGGAACUACGAGUUGGGCAGAAAGUACUUCUUUUUCAAUCUCGGCUUAAGCUAAUGCCUGGGAAGCUGAAAUCCAAGUGGAUAGGACUAUACACCAUCGUCGGCCUUCGAGCAAAUGGAGCAGUGGAAAUCCAAGGAAGCGCCCCAAAUUCUGUUCCCUUCCUCAUCAAUGGACAUCAGGUAAAAGUAUUUAGGGAUAGUUUGGAAUUGCAUGUAGUGGAGGAAGUGCCACUGCAUGCAUCCGUAAUUAUUGCCUAA